UUUUAUAAUUACAAUAAUUUUAACAAACUUUUACUUAAGUUGAUAAAAAUCUUUAAUUUAUCACAACAAAUCGAUCCCUUUCCAUUGAUUACGAAUAUUUUAGGUUAUAAUAAUUAAUUUCAAUUAGAUUGUUAUGCUUAAGUUAUGCCUGCAAACAGGCCCCGAGGUUCUUUAGGGGGGUCCCAGCAUUUUAGUAGGAAUCCCCCAGUUACCCCCAUGUCUGAAAGACAACAAUUAGCUUUAUUGAUGCAAAUGACAAGUCAAGAAGAAACACCACAACCUGUUAAUGUACAAAAUAAUACACCAAUAGUGUCUCGAGGAAGAGAUCGAAACGAACGUGGAGAGACAGCUUUACAUGUAGCUGCUAUUAAAGGAGACUUAGAACAACUUAACAAAUUAUUGGAGCAAGGUGUUAAUCCUAAUGUUGCAGAUUUUGCAGGGUGGACACCUCUCCACGAAGCCUGCAACCAUGGUUGGUUCUCGAUAGCACAAGCCUUAGUGAAAGCUGGUGCAAACGUAAAUGCCCGAGGCUUAGACGAUGAUACCCCUUUACACGAUGCAGCUACAAACGGUCAAAUAAAAUUAGUUAAAUUCUUAGUAGAGAGAGGAGCUGACCCGUCUUUCAAAAACAGGAAAGGAAAGUGCCCUUGUGACGUAGCAGCUCCGGCUGUUUAUAAUUAUUUAUUAUCAGCAAGAGAUUCGAGUGCAAACCAAUGUGUUCCCCAAACAGGCCGCUUGAGAGAUGAGAAGAAAACUGAUCUGAAGAAGUCAUCCGAGGAGAUGGACUCGAAGGCUUCAACUAGUGUCGAAGAUGUUUACGAUUUUAAAACCGGCAAAGAGAGCAGCUCUAGUAGUGCUACAGACAAAGUCGAAUCGAAGGAGACUGACAGAGGUUCGGAUACAAAUGCCAACAGCAAUACAACAUCAGAUGAAACUUCUUCGACCAAAAGAAAUAUCGACAUGAUUGAUCAGCCCGCUGAAGCAGAAGAUGAAGUCAAGAGGAAAAAACGAAAAGAUUCAGACUCGGUUAAAGAAAAUAGCUCAAGCAAAACAUCCGGUCAAAGCAGUAGCACCAGGACGACAUCUGGAAAAGCCACUAAACCGUCAGCUUCUUCCAAUAAAAGUCUAACUCAAAAAGUUGGCGGAAGUUUGGAAAGAAAGAGUCCUUGUGCUAGUCCAAAACCAUCUGCGUCUACAAAUGCACAGACUGGGGGCACCAAAACCGAUGCUGAUGAUAAGGAAGGGGAUGAUAAGGGGUCUGAAAAUGCAGGGAGUGGCAAAUGAAGGAGCACAAUUUGUGCGAUUUUAAAUCCCAACCUCACAUAGACGAGACACAUGUACCUCUGGUGCACGUCAGCGACGAUUUUGAUUUGCUGAGAGCGUAGACGCUUAAUUUACUUCGACUGUGAUACUUUUGUUAUUAUUUAUGAAUUAUGACACAUGAUUUAGUUUUAUAAGGACAUAUUGUGCUAUGUAUAUAUAUAUUUAUGCAUAUAUGUGUAUGGUCAUGGAUGGUGACUAUACGGU